AAUCUAAUACUACUUAUCCACUUACUACUGUGUAUCCAGAUAUUAUAUUGGUUACUAAUCCCAAUUCAUCACCAAAUAGAAUCGCAAUAUAUUCUUCAUAUAAAUCAAACCCAAGUAGAAAUUAUCCUCUAUAUAUUUCUCAAGUUCCAUUAGAAAUAGAACUAUUACUCUUAGAAAAAUGCAGAUACUUGUUGCCUGUCUUCUUAUAUUGUUCACUUGGUCAUACUCUGGAGCAAACCUCUUCACAGAAUAAAGACCAUACUUUUCUGGAACCUUCUACCACCGUUUCAACUCUGCCUUGGCUUGAUAACUCCUUAAUAAAUGCAGUCAACUGGCUCAAAGAAAAUAACCCUAUUUAUAUGAAUACACUAAUUUGCUUCAAAUCAAUUCAUCUACCCAACCAUCUUUACCACAGCAACUCAUUUAUCUG